AAAAUGAAUACACAAAGAUGUUUCUAUCUGUCUUAUAGAUUACUGCAUUGGUUACUCUUAUUAGUAAGAAUCUUUAUUCGCAUGAAAGAUCGAGUGGCUGGUUGAAAAUUUUGUUCUUACGCUUGUCUUCUGGCCAGAUUGUCGUUGUUCUCUAUGAUUUACAUUUUUAUAUAAUUGAUUGAUCGUCCACCCUUUUGUGAAAACUGUGAGGAUACAACAAUCAUUAUUUCCCAUUCCCAAAAAAAGGCCAGUGAGCUGAUACUAACAUACCAGAUCAAAGAUGAUAAGCUGGGUCAGUAUAUGGAUCACCUUUUUCACAAGUUUCUUACAUCCUCAUGUUUGCUUUUAUAAAUGUAUCCAAACAGGGAGGAAAUUCCAGCAGCAGGUUUUUUCUUAUAUUCUGGUGCUGCUCUAUUGCCAAAUCCGACUAAGGCCUUCGCAGGUGGAGAAGAUGCUUAUUUUAUUGCCUGCCAGAACUGGCUAGGUAUUGCUGAUGGAGUUGGUCAAUGGUCUCUUGAAGGGAAUAGUGUUGGAGUAUAUGCAAAAGAACUUAUAGAAAACUGUGAAAGAAUUGUAUCUGAUAGAAAUGGAGUUCCAAUAACUGACCCAGUUGAGGUCCUUAAUAGAGCUGCUGCAAAUGCUCGAUCUUGUGGCUCAUCUACGGUUUUGGUUGCUUACUUUGAUGAUCAGGCUCUCCAUGUGGCCAAUAUCGGUGAUUCAGGCUUCCUGAUCAUAAGAAACGGUGCUGUAUUUAAAAUAUCCUCCCCAAUGCUUUAUGAGUUGAAUUUUCCUGUACAGAUUGAAAAAGGAGACCAUCCAUCUGACUUUGUAGAGGUUUACAGAAUUGACUUGGAUGAAAAUGAUGUGAUUAUCACUGCAACUGAUGGACUAUUUGAUAAUCUCUACGAGAAAGAUAUCGCUUAUUCGUCUUCAAAUUUUGCAAGAGAAUUUGAGGCCCCAGAUAGGAAAAAGAUCGGAAGAGAAGACAAUACUGACUUCAAAAGCACCAAUCUGGCAGUCAAGGAUAGUGAAGAAGCUUUCCACCCAGCCAGUUUUUUGUUGAACCUCUGA